GAAAUAUGAAGCUCUGUUCGGGUCAAGUAAAACCCACAGCAUCUCUUCGGAUUUUCUAGGCAAUUCUACCGAGUUUAGUCCUUCCUCGCUGCUUCUACUGCUGCAUGAGACCUUUGUUUCGCGUUAUCACAAACGAAAACGAAAAAGCUACUCAUCAAGAGUGAUCGCGUUCUCUUUCAGCGUCAAAUAACCAAACACGUUGUUGGCAUCUGUUGAACUCGUUUUCUUUAACCGUACACUGCCUCUGCGUCUCAACAGCGAUAUGGACAAACUCACCGAAGAGGAAGUGGAAACUGACCAACUCAAAAGCAGCACCUUUCAACGCUUAAAAUCACACUCGUUGCACCUUCUCGACCUUUUGCAAAACCCUCACAUUCAUAAUCAGAAGCAUUCUUCCGUCACCGUAAUUCCCCAACUCCUUCGUUUCCUUCAAACUUCUUCACCCUCUGCUUUACAGCCCUUCUUCGACUACGCUCUAUUUCCGUUACUCCUGCUGCUGGAUGCAGCGGUUCAGUGUAGGUCUACCCUGAAAAUCGAUUCUCUGGAAAAUUAUAAUACGCCUGGUGUUUUGAAAACACCUGUUGAAGUGAGUGAUGGCGUUGCUGAAGGUGUGGUUAAAUGUUUGGAAGAGCUUCUGAGGAAGUGUCGUUUGAAUUCUGUGGAUCAGAUGGUUGUUCUACUAAAAAAGUUAACAUAUGGGGCAAUGUUGUCACCCUCCGAGGCUUCAGAGGAGUUUCGUGAAGGAAUUUUGUUGUGUGUCAAGGCACUGCUUUUGAGUUUAUAUUCUUGUUCCGAUAUGUCUUGCGUGUGUAAACAAAUCCCUGGUUUGCCGGCACUUUGGGGUGGAGAUAAUAAUGAUAGACUUCAUAAAACUUUCGUGAGUGGUUCGGAAUCGGGAGAAUGUCUACUUGCAUUUCUUCAGUCUCAAUUUGCAUCAGCUGCUAUUGGACACUGGCUAUCACUUCUUCUUAAAACUGCAGAUACAGAGGCUGCCAGGGGACAACAAGGUUCUGCAAGACUUCGAAUUGAAGCAUUCAAAACUCUGCGGGUGCUUGUUGCUAAGGUUGGUUCUGCAGAUGCAUUAGCAUUUUUUUUACCUGGCAUUGCUAGUCAGCUAGCUAAAGUUUUACACAGUGCAAAAAUAGUGAUAAGUGGUCCUGCUGGUAAUGUGGAUUCUAUUGACCAAGCAAUCAGAGGGUUCACAGAGUUUCUGAUGAUAGUCCUCCAGGAUGAUGCUAAUGCAUCUGCCCUCGAUAUCGAAUCAUCUUCAGACUUUGAUUCAAAUGAGUGUAAUUCAACACUUUCUCUUUUGGAGGAGCUUCGUCACUUGCAAGUUAAAAAUUGUGUUAAUACAAAAGCUACAGAAGAUACAGGUGUUGAGUCAGAAAAAAUCUCUUAUUCCCAAACUCAACUCCAAGAAACAGGGAAUACUGAUCCUGAUAAAGAGAACUUGUCUCUGCAUGUGAAACGAACAAAAGAUUGGAUGCAGAGGACAUCAGAACAUGUCAAUAAGCUGUUGGAUGCAACAUUUCCAGACAUCUGUAUUCACCCUUCACAAAAGGUGAGAAAGGGACUUGUUGAUGCCAUAAAAGGACUGUUGUCAGAGUGCUUCUACACAUUGGGGGAGAGUAGACUGAUGCUUUUGGAGUGCUUAUGUGCCUUGGUCUUUGAUGUAUCCAAUGAUGUGUCUUCAACUGCACAAGAUUUCCUUGAGUAUUUGUUCUCACAAAAUUUGAAGCAUGUUAUAAAACAGAAUGCUACUGAGAUUUUUAUCAGGCACCUUGAAAAGCUUCCCAGGGUAGUACUUGGCCAUGAGGAGUCAUACGCUGUGUUACAUGCUCAGAAAUUGCUAACAAUAAUAUUUUAUUCUGGUCCUAGUCUAAUAUUGGCUCAUCUUCAGUCUCCUGUUGAAGCCACUAGAUUUCUAGAUUUGUUUGCUGCAUGUCUCAGUCAUAAUUCAGUGUUUUCGGGUUCGCUCAGAAAAAUCACUUCAACAGAUCGAUCGUCAGCCCUGGGAUAUCUUCCCUCCAUUGCAGAGUUGAAAUCUGGAGCUAAUUUCUUCAAUUAUAGCCCCUCUCUUAUAAGUUCUGGUUUAUCCGAACUCCCUAAAUACAAGCUUAUUGAGGAAAAGAGUAUAGAAAAACUUGUGAAAACUGCUCAAAAUAACUAUGAGCUUCCUCGCAUGCCCCCUUGGUUUAGUUAUGUUGGUAGUCUUAAGUUAUACGAGCCUCUUGCGGGGAUUCUCCGGUUUGUGGGUUUAUCUUUAGUGGCAGAUAAUAUAAGUGAAGGGCUUAUGUUGCAUGUGAUUGAGACCCUGCUAGGUUACUUCCGUAAAUUGGUUUCUGAGCUUCGUUUAAGAGAAUACAAUGAAGAAAGCUGGCAGUCUUGGUAUGACAGGCAUGGUUCUGGACAGUUAUUGAGGCAAGCUAGCACAGCUGCAUGCAUGCUAAAUGAGAUAAUAUUUGGUGUAUCAGAACGAGCAAGUAAUGAUUUUGCUAGUAUAUUUCAUAAUUGUGCAUUUCAUACUGCUUUCUGGAAGAUGCCCAAGGAUAAAGGUAUAAGGAGUUAUUUAGUUGAAUGCAUUGGUGGGAUCUUGCAUGAGUAUCUAUCUGCUGAGGUAUGGAAUGUUCCAAUUGAUUGUGGAACUGCUGACUUGCUGCAUAAUGCUGUGGUUGAAGAAGAUAUUAGCCUAUACUUUUUCCAAGAUGCUGCAAUGCUGCGUGAGGUUAUUAUUGAUGGAGUAGGCAUCUUUAAUAUGUGCCUUGGAAGAGAUUUUGUUUCUAGUGGAUUUCUACACUCUUCACUUUAUUUAUUGCUGGAGAAUCUUAGUUCUUCAAAUUACAGAGUUAGAAAUUCAGCAGAUUCUGUGUUGCAUAUACUUUCAACCACAUCUGGCUUUCCAACUGUUGGGCAGUUAGUUUUGGAAAAUGCAGACUAUGUGGUUGAUUCAAUAUGUCGACAAUUACGUCAUUUGGACCUAAAUCAUCAUGUUCCAAAUGUGCUAGCAUCCAUGCUGUCCUACAUUGGAGUGGCUCACAAGAUUUUGCCGCUGCUUGAGGAACCAAUGCGCUCUGUGUCAAUGGAACUUGAAAUACUGGGUAGACAUCAGCAUCCUGAUCUAACUAUUCCAUUCCUAAAGGCUGUAGCAGAAAUUGUGAAGGCAUCAAAACAUGAAGCUUUCCUGUUACCCACUCAGACAGAGUUGUUUGCCAGAGAUGUCCGGUCUAUAAUCUCCAAUUCAGCUGAAACUAAGCAAGAUCAGUGGGAGGAAAUUUUAUUCAAGUUAAAUGAUUCAAGAAGAUAUAGACGAACAGUUGGUUCUAUUGCUGGUUCAUGUGUUACUGCAGCAAUCCCACUUCUAGCAUCUAUCAAGCAAGAGAUAUGCUUAGCAGCCUUGGAUAUAAUUGAGAGUGGAACUUUGGCAAUAGCAAAAAUAGAAGCUGCUUAUAAACAUGAAAGGGAAAUUAAAGAAGCAACUGAAGAAGCGUUAGAAUCAUUGUCACUGUAUCAGCUGAAGGAUACUUUGGAGGCUAAUGAAGAAGGGGCUGACGAGAACAGGCUACUCCCAGCAAUGAAUAAAAUAUGGCCGUUCCUGGUUACUUGUAUUCAGAACAGGAACCCAGUGGCUGUGCGGAGAUGUUUGAGUGUGAUCAGCAGUGUAGUGCCCGUUUGUGGAGGAGAUUUCUUCACACGUCGUUUCCUCUCUGAUGGGGCUCACUUUUGGAAACUUCUGAUCACAUCCCCAUUUCAUAAAAAGUCAUUUUCCAAAGAUGAAAGGAUUCCUUUGCAACUACCUUAUAGAAGCAGUUCCAUGAGUUCAGAGGAUUCAUUGGCUGAGACAUCCCAUCUAAAGGUUCAGAUUGCAGUGCUCAACAUGAUUGCUGACUUAUGCCGUAACAAGAGCAGUUCCUCUGCAUUAGAACUUGUUCUGAAGAAGGUUAGUGGUUUGGUUGUGGGGAUAGCCUGUAGCGGUGUUGUUGGACUUCGGGAUGCUUCCCUGAAUGCCCUCCAUGGACUUGCAUCUAUUGAUCCUGAUCUUGUAUGGCUUCUCUUAGCUGACAUAUAUUACACUAAAUAUAAAGAAAAUUUGCCUCCACCUAGGCCGGAGUUACCACAAAUCUCUCAAAUUCUCCCUCCUCCCAUGUCACCCAAAGAAUAUCUGUAUGUGCAGUAUGGAGGUCAGAGCUAUGGUUUUGACAUAGAUUUGGCUUCUCUGGAUAUUGCUUUCACAAGAUUUGACUCUCAGCAUCAAAUGUAUAGCUAAGAUCCGAAUUGACGUGUAUAAUAUUAUUUCUGGCGUUUCUAUCCCAUUGACACAUCAUCAUUUCUAUCCUA